UUAUUUGCAGAUUUUUCUAAAAACUAUUCUUUCAAAUCAAAUACUUAGCCUACUUUAAAUAUAAAAGGUGUCCCUGCCUCUGCUCUUGAGAGUCCCCGCCGUUGCAUCCACGCAUCAUUUGAUACAUAUCUUAUCCCUGCUCAUGCAGAAAGUGUAGGCACAGCCUACCAAAGCAACUCCAAUAUCUAUGGAAACAGGCGAAGAUACGCUAAAAACUAAAACUCACUUCAGAUGAAACCUCAGAACUGAACAUUUCCAAAGAAACGGUUCAUAUUGGACAAAAGUAUUGGACUUGUUUGGAUUUUCCUGUUAAUAUUUAUAACAUUAACGGUCAAACAUCUACAAUGAAGUGUAAGUAUAAUUAUUUUUUUAUUUUAUUUUUUUAUUUCAAACGGACACGUUUACUUCAUGAAUGUAUUUCCAUGUUAUUAAUCAACAGCCUAUUGCAUUAUGUUUAACAUAAUUAACUAAUAAUGAACGAAUAAAAGCGACUAAAACGUGUUAUAUAUUGCGAAUUUGCUAUACAAUGCCUAAUCCUAAAAAGUAUAAUCAUUUUUUUAUUUCUGUUAAAUAAAAGUUCAAGCUGUUUCAAUGUUUAAUAAAUCACGUGUUUACUAUUAAGAAACAACUGUCUUUAAAACACCACCUUUAGGAGUGUCUGACUGCAGAACACCCGAGCGGAAUGUUGUGUAUCUUCACCUCGAUAUAAUGUACUGUACUACCGAUAUUUGUAAUACAUGUUCUGACUUAGACCUUUUGAAUUAACUUUGGUUGCAUGCUUUAAGUUUUAAUUGCAGUUAUCUUAAUUACUAAACACCUAAAGCCCACGAGCUGCGGCUGUGUACAAGAAUCAGAAUACUUCUGCUCCACAAUACCAAACGAUUUCCCACCUGGCAUUACUUCUAUCCUUUUCAUAAUGCGAAACAUUGGCGUCAUCAACUCAACGGUGUUCUCCAGUGAAAACCUGAACUCUGUCUCCAGUCUGACCAUAGCGAACAGCGGGGCCACAGAAAUUCAACCCGGGGCUUUCAGACCAUUCAGCCAGCUCGCCAAACUGAGUUUGUACCAGAAUCACCUCACUGACGUCAACGCCUUAUGGCUCUCCAACCCACAGCUUCUGGAAAACCUAACCAUGUUCGCAAACAACGUUCAGAGAAUAGAACUUCACACCCUGUCCCGUUUCUGCAAUUUGGUGGCCCUUAAUUUAGCCAGAAAUAAAAUCAAGACCAUAGCUGAUGGCAGUUUUAAAGGACUUGGCAAGCUGUCUGUGCUUGACCUUGCUGGAAACGAACUGUCCUAUGCAAGCAGAGACACGUUUAGUGGACUAGAGUCAACCAAGAUGAAGCUAGGUGGGAAUCCAUGGGAUUGCUCGUGCGAACUGAAGAGCUUUGCAAUCUUUCUCAAAGAUUUGAUCAAUGCUUCUUUACUACAAGACCCCAUGGAUGUUACCUGUAUAAAUCCACUGACACUCAAGGGCAGUCCAGUCUGGAACAUCUCCGAGUUUCACUGUCCAAGCCCGCCUGAGCCACCAAAAGAUUCAUUCAUUCAUGUUGGAGUUCCGAUUUUACUGGUGUUCCUUGUGGUUCUUCUAUCAGUCCUGCUCUUGGUCACUCUGCUCUACAAAAGAAAACAAGAAAAGAAGCAAGUAAAACCAGAGGAAGAAAGAGAAAAAGAUAAACAUCAAGCCAUGUCAAACACUGAAGAACAAAGCAAAAACCUGCAGAGAGGAAACAUGCUGCUGGUAAAACCUGGAGCAGGACGGCAGAAACGUAAUGCAAAGGGUCGAGCAAAGUCAGCUUCUGCAGUCUUGCACCGGUCACGUUUUAUACAAGACACAGUUAAACCAGGACCAAAUAAAAACAUGAACAAAGCAAACCUGAAACCUGCCGACGAAUCUGUAAGACAACUAGUUGAGAUCCAUAAGAGAACCGCUGGAGGAACUGAGUCGCCAUUUAAAAUAAAGGAUGCCAGUACUGACCAAACAGGCAGACACCAUUUAGAACAUUUGAAUAAGAAUAUGACUGUAGAAUGCAUAGAUUCAAUAGAUCAGCAUUUGGAAGGUCCAGCUAGGACUGAAGAUAACCAGACUUAUGAAGACACUGACCAAAUGCCCUACCUAAGUAUUGAUACAAGAGCUGCUAAAGAAACCCCAGAGAUAAUUGCACAAAGCCAUCUUGUUUCCACAAACAGACCGAGGCUUGGUCAGACCAUCAAAAGGAUGUCAACGUGGCCACUGACCAAGACAGAGUGGAAAGAAGAAGACAAGGUAGAGUGGAAAAAUAACUAUUUUUUGAGGCCGGAAGAUGCAUCUAAAGCAUGGAUUCAUCCAGAAAAUGUGGUGGGUUUCUCAGUAGGAGACAAGCCUUAUCAAAGAAGACGCCAAGAAGAAGCUGAUUCUAAGUUAUCUCCAAAGGAUGAUAUUGAUGGAAACCAAGAGACUGCUGUGGAGAAGCUGGAUUCAGCAACAGGAGAUAUGUAUCAGCAAUCCACUGGAGAAUACAGGUUUAAAGGCAGCAGUCAGAAAAGAAGUGCAGACUCACAAAGAGAAGGAACCAUCGGGAAGAAGAAAACACAGAACAGCCAAAGAGGAUUGAACAGUGUGUUAGUGGAGGGUAAUGCACAGGGCAGUGGCACACACUCCCUCACAAAGGUAGAAAGGGCUCGUCACAGUGGCUCACCAGGGGAUGAAAACCUGCUGCAAAAUAACGAAUAUGCCUUCAUUGAUCUGCUUCAUGAAGUUGUUGUGAAUCAAGGCAGGUGGACGCGAGACAGAUGGAAGCAAACGCACCAGAAGAGAGUGAUCAAUAAACCUUAGCAGCGACCACAGCAUAAUAUUAUAUCCUUGAUGUUCGUUGUACCACCUUCCAAAAAGAAACACCAAAAGACGCACCAAACUUGUGUAAUUGUCUCGGACAGCUCAUUCAUAUUGCAUCAUUACAAAGGAAACCUAUUGCCAAGUGAUAUUAUACAUGUAUAUAUCCUUGGAGGGUUUAGGUAGGGGUGGUCAAAGUUAUACCUUCCACUCCUGGUCUUUGUUCCAACCCUGUUCUAAAUUGUUUAAUUAAACCUCCAGCCAGACCCUAACAUAUUUGAUUGUCUAAUUUACCCGUUAAACCUGGAGUGGAAUAGCCCUCCAGGAGCAUGAUUGGACACCGCUGGUCAGUUUAUAUUUGUCUUGCAUAUUAUACAGUCUAUCAGUAUGGUGAAUAUAUAGAGGAUAUAUGUAUUACUUUUAUGGUUGAUGUUUUUCUAUUUAAAUAAAUAUGGCAUGUCAAACUUAAUAAAACACUUUUUUUAAAUUAAAAUA